AUGGAGAGUAGUGCCGCGGGUGAAGGUACAGCUCCGGCUGCGGCGAACGGUAGCGCAAUGGAUACCAGCAUGGAUAUCGACAUGGAUUUGGAUCUCGGGCAGCUUCCUGAACCUGAUCCGAUUGAGCUGGAACCUGUGUCUGCUUUGACGGUAGCAUCUGCAAUCGCAGGGCAAAGUGAGGCAGAAGCAACAAACCCCAAUGACGAACUACAACUUGAAAAAGUUCACAUUCGGGGGGUUGAUGAGCUGACUACGGAUGAUAUUAAACGCUUUGCCUCUGAAUAUUUUACAUUGGAAGAGCCUCAGCGUAUUGAGUGGAUUGAUGAUACCUCCGCAAAUAUUAUAUAUAGUUCUGCGGAGAUGGCUGCAAAAGCUUUAUCACUAUUUACCCAGGAGAAUGUCGAGGAUGCAGUACCUACCUCGCCCUCCCUUAGGCUUCGAACGGCCAAGGCAUUAUCCUCACAUCCUGACUCUGUCCUACAAGUUCGGUUGGCCGUAAAGUCGGAUCGAAAGAAGCACCGUGCAUACGAGGCAAGUCGCUUUUAUUUAAUGCAUCCGGAACAUGACCCUCGAGAACGAGUACGGAACGAAUUUUCGGGAAGACGAUACCGUGGGCCCAGAGGUGAUGGUGAUGGAGAGUAUCGGAGAAAACGGUUUGACGAUAGAGAGCAUCGCCGACGCAGGGGACAGGCGAAAGAAGAUAGGUUUGAUGUCAGCAUGUACGAUGACGAUGGCGAUCGUGGACGACGUGGUUCUAGUGGUGACAUCUCGAGUGUUGAGUCACAUAGCCGGAGCCGAGUGAGAAGAAACAAACGCGAUCUUUUUGAUGAUCAUGUGGAAAUGUCAGAAGGACGUCUUAGGAACCGCAGUGCAUCGCCUUCUGGAACCAACGGGGACGGCCCGGAUCUUCGGCUUGCCGGCGGCCCAUCGACUAGCAGGCGCUUCCGCGAUCGGCCCACCCUUUCAAAUCGUGACAGUAGGGAUAGGUCACGCUCUAAUGCCGGGAAAGAGCUUUAUCCUUCUGGAAACAAUUCGGGCGAUGACACCUCGAGAGGGAGAGAGCUUUUCCCCAACAAGACUGGUUCAAGCUACCUGAAACAGGAGCUACUAAUGAAUACUGUACCACCGCAAGUCAACACAAUCCAUCGCCGAUCUGAUGCUUUCGACGCCGCGGACGAAACAACUGAUUUAUUUGCUCGGCGAAUGUCGGUUCCCUUUAUGGAUGGUGCCAGUGAUGGACCCCAACGCCCUAAUAGCCGUAGCGUGGAGCUAUUUCCAGAUUCAAAGGGGCCUUCCCCGAGUUUGAAUAUCCGGGGUAUGUCUUCAGAGAACAAUGGAAUGUCAAUUCGAGGCAACGCUUCUGGUGGGAUCUCAAUCAAGGGUGCGGCAUCUGUUAGGGAACUCUUCCCUUCGAAAUAUACUGGCAACGAAGGGAAAGAGUUGUUUUCGGAUACCCUUGAGGGGAGAGGUGGGAGGAGAAGGCGCGCUGAAGACAUGUUUGGUUGA